CUCUCUUUAAAGAGCCUCAAGCCCACGCGACCACCACGAUCUCCGGUAGAGCGAGAGCGAGAGCGAGAUAGUGAAGGAGAUGCAGAGUCUGCAAGAGAAGGCCUCGCAAUGGAGUGGCGUUGACCCGGACGACGCCUUCGCCAUCGACGGCACCAACCUCUUCCAGAAGCUCGGCCUCCCCACCUUUGUCAAUCUCUCCACCAAUUUCUACACCAGGGUGUACGAUGAUGAAGAAGAAUGGUUUCGGUCGAUCUUUGCGAAUUCAAAGAAGGAAGAAGCCAUUCAAAACCAAUAUGAAUUCUUUGUGCAAAGAAUGGGCGGUCCACCAUUGUAUUCUCAGAGGAAAGGUCAUCCUGCAUUAAUUGCGCGCCAUCGACCAUUUCCUGUCACCCGUCAAGCAGCGGAAAGGUGGUUGCAUCACAUGCAACAAGCACUAGACAGCAUUCCAGAAAUUGACGAUGACUCAAAGACUAAGAUGAUGAACUUUUUCAGGCACACGGCAUUCUUUCUUGUGGCUGGCGACGAGUUGAAGAAUCAAAACCAACGAGUCCCAUGUAAGCACUCUGCCAGCAAACCAGCUGCUGCUUAAAGCUUGGAUCAUAGAGUACACUCUCCAAUUUAGUUAGAAAAUUGAAAUAAUAAUCCUUCCAAUGUAGCAGAAUCGAAUAGGACCGUAAGCUUAAACUGUUGAAAAGUAUUCUUAAAGAUUAUCCAUUAGCGAGUCUAAAAAUUUGAAUGAGCUUUUGGUCUUUUUUCAAUAGA